GGACAAAACUCUGAGCUUCCGACCGGCGGGCGAGCUCGAUUCCGGGCUGACCGCCAGCAACCUUCUUCAGCCAGAUCUCAAACUUUCUUCUGUACCUCAGGGGAGGAAAAAAAAAAAAAACCGAUGCUGGUUUCGGAAAGAACGAAGCAACUUUGGUAGCCCUGGAAGAACCGACGCAAGGCAAGGUAGAGCUUCCGCAGAACGGCAGCAGCAGCUCUGACUGGAAGGGCGCUGGGAGAGACCCAUCCCACCUAAGGGGACAGCUAUCGCUCUGGGUGACGACUCCUCAAAAGCUACUCACAGAAUCAGUCGGUGCCUCCGCCUCUGUCCUGCCCAGGCAGCUCUGCCACAGAACAGGGAUUGCUUCUCCAGCUGCCCCUGGACCAUGUCACUGGGUAGAAGAGGAACACUGUGAGACUGAGCGAGGAACCGGCUAAGUGACAGCUCAGAGCCCAGGAGUACCAAGUCGCUGCAAAGCAUAGGCACCGUGAGGAUGAGUGCGGCGAGCACUGCAGCUCCCUUCCAUCCAACCUCAGGCUCCAACAGGGCCAUUUCCACCUUUUCUGUUGUGGACUAUGUGGUAUUUGGCCUGUUGCUGGUCCUCUCCCUUGUCAUUGGGCUCUAUCAUGCUUGUCGUGGCUGGGGCCGCCAUACCGUUGGUGAACUGCUCAUGGCAGACCGCAAGAUGGGCUGCCUUCCUGUGGCACUGUCCUUGCUGGCCACCUUCCAGUCAGCCGUGGCCAUCCUGGGGGCACCAGCUGAGAUCUACCGGUUUGGAACCCAGUAUUGGUUCCUGGGGUGCUCCUACUUCCUGGGGCUCCUGAUCCCUGCUCACAUCUUCAUCCCUGUCUUCUACCGCCUGCAUCUGACCAGCGCCUAUGAGUACCUAGAGCUCCGCUUCAAUAAAGCAGUUCGGAUCUGUGGGACUGUGACCUUCAUCUUUCAGAUGGUCAUCUACAUGGGAGUUGCUCUCUAUGCACCGUCCUUGGCCCUCAAUGCAGUGACUGGAUUUGAUUUGUGGCUGUCAGUGCUGGCCCUGGGAAUUGUCUGCAACAUCUACACUGCACUGGGUGGGCUGAAGGCUGUCAUCUGGACAGAUGUGUUCCAAACACUGGUCAUGUUCCUCGGGCAGCUGGUAGUGAUCAUUGUAGGAGCAGCCAGAGUGGGUGGCUUGGGGCAUGUAUGGGAUGUGGCUUCCCAGCAUAGCCACAUCUCUGGGAUUAAUCUGAAUCCUGACCCCUUUGAGCGUCAUACUUUCUGGACUUUGGCCUUUGGCGGUGUCUUCAUGAUGCUCUCCUUGUAUGGAGUGAAUCAGGCUCAGGUGCAGCGCUACCUCAGUUCCCACUCAGAGAAAGCUGCUAUACUCUCCUGCUAUGCAGUGUUCCCUUGCCAGCAAGUGGCCCUCUGCAUGAGCUGCCUCAUUGGUCUGGUCAUGUUUGCCUAUUAUAAGACGUAUAACAUGAGCCCCCAGCUAGAGCAAGCAGCCCCUGACCAGUUAGUCCUCUAUUUUGUGAUGGACCUCCUGAAAGACAUGCCAGGGCUGCCCGGGCUCUUCGUUGCCUGUCUCUUCAGUGGAUCUCUCAGCACCAUAUCCUCUGCAUUCAAUUCACUGGCCACUGUCACAAUGGAAGACCUGAUCCAGCCCUGGUUCCCACAGCUGACUGAAACUCGGGCCAUCAUGCUUUCUCGAAGCCUUGCCUUUGCCUAUGGGCUAGUUUGCCUGGGAAUGGCCUAUGUUUCCUCUCAUCUGGGACCAGUGCUCCAGGCAGCACUCAGUAUCUUUGGCAUGGUUGGAGGGCCACUGCUGGGACUCUUCUGCCUUGGGAUAUUCUUUCCAUGUGCCAACCCUCUUGGUGCCAUUGUAGGCCUGUUGACGGGACUCACCAUGGCCUUCUGGAUCGGCAUUGGGAGCAUAGUAUGCAGGAUGAGUUCUGCUGCAGCAUCCCCUCCCUUUAACGGAUCCAGCUCCUUCCUACCUGGCAAUCUAACUGUCGCCACCUUGACCACAGUGAUGCCUACUACCCUGUCCAGGCCCACAGGACUGCAGCACUUCUAUUCCCUGUCCUAUUUAUGGUACAGCGCACACAACUCCACCACAGUUAUUGUCGUGGGCCUGAUUGUCAGUCUGCUCACCGGGGGAAUGCGGGGCCGGUCCCUGAACCCCGGCACCAUUUACCCUGUGUUGCCAAAGCUCCUAGCACUCCUGCCCCUAUCCUGCCAGAAGCGGCUUUGUUGGAGAAGCCACAGUCAGGAUAUCCCUGUGAUCCCCAGCCUGUUUCCAGAGAAGAUGAGGAAUGGAGUGCUACAGGACAAUACAGACAAAGAGAGGAUGGCUGAAGAUGGCCUUGUCCACCAGCCGUGCAGCCCUACCUACAUUGUCCAGGAGACCUCCCUGUGACCUGGGAUGUGAACUUGGCCCUCACUGCAGAGCAGCAGCCAGAGGUUAUUUGUAGUGCAGACAUGACUCACUACCUGUGUUCUGCAGCACUGAGGUGGAUGACCUAGCAAAGGACCUUGAUCUUUUAAGUCUCACCUCCAUGGAAGCUGUUGCAUACAAGGGCGAGACAGUUUUUCCUUAUCCCUUGCCAGUCUUCUCUUAGGAUCAGGUUUGCAGGGUACAAAAUCACAUCACACGUGGGGAAAUAAAUGAAUACACUAAUAAAAGGGUGGCAUUUGAUUUAAGUGACCAGGGUUCUUUGGGGUGAAUAGGAACAGCAUUUCUUACAACUGCCCAGAACCUGAUUUGGCAAGACUGACCAGCUCCAGCAUUAAGUCCUUGGCCCUCUGAUGAUUCCUUCACUGUCGUGUCAACCUGGGUUAUCGUUGUGAGCCCCUGUGGUCUUUCCGGUUCUCUGUAAUACUCAAGUCCUCUCUCAUUCUUACCUACCUCGAUUCUUGAGAGGGAGGCUUUGGUAUCCUUGGGUCUCAGCAUGGACAGUUAUGUAUAUCUACUUGUAUGGAGGGGGGAAGUUUUCCACAUCACCCCUCUCCCUCUUCAGGCCGUACUUCAGGGCCCUUACCAGGACCCCUUAUGUGGUGUGCUAUCCUCUAAACUUUUUUUGGUUGGUUGGUUGGUUGGUUUUGGUUUUUCUAGACAGGGUUUCUCUGUGUAGCCCUGGCUGUCCUGG